AUGGAUUAUUCCCAAGCGUUUGAUAUUGUGAAGAUGGAGAAGCUGAAGGCCAUCACCAGGUACAAUCUCCUCCGUCGAUUCUCCGUCGCGCGUCACAUUCUGGAGCUCGCGGCCCUUUUGGCAUUCAUCUCUUGGUCGCCGGCGGCCGCCAGGACGGCGGUGCGGAUCUCCGCCCACCUGCUCAACCACCGCCUGGUUUUCCUCGUCGGCAACGCCAUCAUCGCGCUGCUGUUCGUCCUCUUCCGCAGCGCCGGCGGCGGCGGCAGCGUCAUGAACGAAGACUACGUCAAGCACAGCGAGGCGGCGGCGCACCAGGCGCCUCCGCCGAGAGAGGUGGAGGGAGGCUGCGAGGAGAGGCGGACUGUGGCGGCGCGGCCGGAGGCGGAGCCAGGGAAGCCGCCGGGGGAUGACUUGGCGGCGGCGAUCGAGAGGGCGGCGAAGCAGAUAAGGAGGUUCGAGAGGACGCAGUCUGAGAAGCUGAGGCGGGAGAUCGGGGCGAGGCCGCGGGCGGCGCUGCGGCGGUCGGAGAGCGAGAAUCGGCGGGCGGCGGCGGCGGGAGAGGGAGGGGCGGUGGAGAUGGAGAGGCUGAGCAGCGAGGAGUUCCGGCGGACUGUGGAUGAGUUCAUCAAUAGGCACUGGUGCAAAAAGAAGACGAAGGCGUAG